GGAGGUGAUGAUGUUGCCACUGACAGGUGCGUGUCAGGUUACAACCCAGAUCAUCAGUCCCGCCUGACGACUCCAGCUGAGCCAAGUCUUAAGCAGGCGGCGGCGGCACAGCGCUGCUUGCCUGACCUCACACUCACAGCUGGCACGAAGGGGCAAGUGAGGAGAAGGGAGCGGACCCGCUGAAGACCUGGAAAGGACCUCGGCCACCUGGAGAGCAGCACACCAGAGCGGAGCCCUCUGAGCAUCCCUGGGGACGACAAGGGCAACGCCUCUUGCCCGUCUGUGAAGGUAACUGGAGAGAGAGGAGCCCCGGUUGCAACAAACAUGGAUAAGGACACUGAGCAGCCACUCAACAGCAGAGAUUCUUCACUCACGCACAAGGCUUUGACCAGCAAGGAAGCCUUCAUACGCAUUGGCAUCCCCGUCAUUGCUGCCAUCCUGUGUAUCGGGCUUCUCAUCACUGUCAUCUUCCUCAUUAAGAUAGCGGUGGAAUCCUACUACUUCUUCUGCAGCCAAACCUACAAGUUUAUCCCCCUCAACCUCCAGUGCGAUGGGAGCGUGGACUGUGCCUGGGGGGAAGACGAGAUCGGCUGCGUGCAGCAGAUGCCCGAUGGCACCAUUGUGGGGGUCCGUCUCUCCCGUGACAGGUCCAGCCUGCAAGUGCGCGACAGAGAGUCGGGCCUCUGGGCCUGGGCUUGCCAUGACAACGCCUUUGACAUUGCCAUGGCCACGGCUGCCUGCAAGCAGAUGGGCUACAGCAGUGUCCCCACCUUUAGUCCUGUGGCAGCCGGUGAUAUGCAGCAGGGGCAGCUCCUCAGACAGGUGACUCUGCAGGGUGGGGAACUCCGCUGGACAGAUUCAGAAAGGCAAUGCCCCUCUGGCUCCAUCAUAUCUCUCUCCUGCUCAAGUUGUGGCCAAAGCUGGAAGUCGCCGCGAGUCGUGGGUGGUGGUCCAGCUUCCAUCAAGACAUGGCCAUGGCAGGCCAGCUUGCAUCACAAGGGGCAGCAUGUCUGUGGAGGGAGCAUCAUCAACCCCCAGUGGGUUCUGACAGCAGCACACUGUUUCCGGACCAACCUGGUGACGAAGUACUGGCAAGUGAAAGGUGGCUCAGAAAUCCUCUCAAGUGCCACCGCUGUCCCUGUGGAGAAGGUCUUCGUCAUUGACGUCAAGUAUAUGUUCCCCAAAGAUGAGGACAUUGCACUGGUCAAGCUGCAAAACCCCUUGAACCUCUCAGGAUCAGUGAAGCCAAUCUGCCUGCCUUUCUUUGAUGACGAAAUGGCCCCAGGAACCCCCUUGUGGGUGACAGGCUGGGGAUACACCAAGCAAGAUGGUACACUAUCCAAGAACCUGCAGGAGGCACAGGUGGAGUUGAUUGACAGCCGCAUCUGCAACGCACCUGAUGCCUACCAUGGGGAGGUGACCGAAAAGAUGCUCUGUGCAGGCCAUGAUCGGGGUAGAGCUGACACCUGCCAGGGAGACAGCGGAGGCCCACUGGUACACAACCAGGGCCAGUGGCACAUUGUGGGCAUUGUCAGCUGGGGCCAUGGCUGUGGAAGCCCGAGCACCCCCGGCGUCUACACCAAUGUGCAAUCCUACCUCAACUGGAUCUACACCAUCCUCAGGACAGAGUCCUGAGAACAGACUGGCCGCAACUGUCCUGCACACAUGCACACCCUUGGAGCAACGUGCGUGUAGGGCGUCCUUCCAGUCCUGCCACAGCUUCCACUGAGGACAUGGGAAAGGCAAGAGGACAGCCACAGGAUGGGGCCCUCAAGAAGGUGUUGGACAAGGCUCCCUGGGGAAGAUGUUAAUUUAUGGCUGCUGCUGCUGAUAAUGAUGGUGAUGAUGGAAUCCACCUGAGAUCCAUUUUGCCAGCUACUCUGUGCCUUUCCAUUUCCUGCUAUCUUUCUUGGCAGAGCUUGGGGAAGCUCUUGCAACCCAGCAGUUUGUUUCCCAUGACCUGACGCUGACAAAGGGAGCAAUUGCAGAGAAAGGCUGGGUCCAGACCUAGGAUAAGGACAGCCCGUUGUCUAGCUUUCCAUCUUUUUCUCUGUCUGGCAGGAGCCCUCACCUGGGCAUCCCGUGGCCUUGAGGCUGUUCCUCCUCUGACCAGGCCUGUGCAAGUGUAGUCUGACCCCAGCAGCUCUUCCUCCUCCUAUUUA